AUGAGUCAGUGGAAACAGCGCAGAAUUGCGAGUUGGAAAACGGUUUUUUGCUCUUUUGAGAGAGUUGUGGGUCCUUCUUCUGAAAGGGACCUAAAUAAAUGGCAGAGCAAUAUUCGCGAAGACGUUUCGACUGACAAGAUACUGAGCCAUGCCGGACUUGCAUUGACGCCAGACGUCUUUGAAUCACGAAAUGUCUUCGUGAAAAAAUCCGAAUAUAUUGCGCGAUGUCUCGCGAGGACCGAAAUGAAAAGUGCUGCAACUACUACAGCCGAAGAACCCGAAGAAAAGAAAGCCGCAACUAGUACGAGCGUUGAUGUACCCUCAACUGCCAGCACCUGCUCUACUUCUGAGAACGCAAAUUGCAAGCGGAGAAGAAUAGACGAAAGUACACAUCAGCCUUUUUGCUCAGACUCCUCUAAGUCUGCGCAUCAAGAUCAAAUCCAAGAUCGAGAUCGACUAAAAAAGGAAGAAGACGUUCCCCUAGAAGAUCCUGGUGAAGGAUUGUUUGCCAAGCGUCCCUUUGCGAAAGGAGAAUUGAUCGCCUUUUACAACGGUGUGCGCAUGACCCAAGCAGCCUGUGAUGCACGCGAAUGGCACAUGAACGCUAAUUGCGUUACACUCUGGAAAGACGAGAAGAUAUCUGCAGACAAAGCUGCGGAAGAAACGUCAAGAAGUCGGACGACAACUACGGCAAGUGGAUUUUCACCUAAAAAUGCUGGCGGAGAAGAUGAAGAUCGAGCGUCUAGAUCUAGUACAGCUACAGAGGAUGAAAAGAGCGAACAAGAAGGUCAAGAAGGAGGAGGUGUCGUAAUUGACAUUCCAUCGCGUGACGCUCGGUUGAGUGCCUACUGCGGAAGCGUGGGCCACAAGGCGAAUCACUCCAGAGUGUUGGUGAACGCGGCUUAUGGGCCCUAUCUGGCACAUCCUCGAUUUGGAGAUAUCGUUUGCAUCAGGGCAUUACGGCACAUCGAAGCCGGAGGAGAAGUUUUCUGCGACUAUGGAUACAACUUGGAUGAUGCAGGAGAUGAAGCCUCUGCGUCUGAUGUGGGUGAAAAUAACGGCGAAACCUUCAUCCUCCCCAACGAAACCUCCUCCACUAACAGCCCUCCUCUUGUUGAUCCAGCGAAUUCCAACCGAAGCGACGGUGUCCCCGCUUGGUUCAGAAAUGACCACUGAUAUCCUUGAGGACCACCUUCUGAAAGAACGCUUCUUUUUCCAACACAACUAUCAAGUUUUACCCCACACUGAUUAUCAAGUUUUCAUGAUGAAUACCUCACAACUUGUCGUCCACGAAGUUUUUCUAUGUUGAGAAGAGGAUAGUUUGAGA